CUUAUGGGUGUGUGUAGGAGCUAGAAGUGUUUUUUGCGUCAUUGGUCGAUGAACGUCCGUCCAUCUCUCAGACCAGGUUCAGGUGAGUGCAGGUAUAAAAACCCUGAGUCACUUCAGACUGACACACCUUCUUCUUCUUUACUCCUCUGUCCAUCACCACACUCAGUCUGAAUAUCACAGCAUGGAGGUGAAGCUGUUGGUCUGUGCUGUCGUGCUGUCGGCCUUCACAGUUACAGGAAACAACGCACAGUCAAAUGUUUGUGGCACCGCACCGCUCAACCCAAAGAUCAUAGGAGGUGAGAGUGCUGCUCCCGGGGCGUGGCCCUGGCAGGCCAGUCUGAACCUGAACGGCAUAUAUCUUUGUACAGGAUCGCUCAUCAACAACGAGUGGGUCCUGACGGCUGCUCACUGUUUCUCCACCACCAUCACUGCUGGUUGGCAGGUUCACCUCGGACGUGACAGACAACAAGGCUCGAAUCCUAACGAGGUGUCCCGGACAGUGUCUCGGAUCAUCAGGCAUCCGAACUACGUGGCCUCGAGAUUCGAUUACGACGUAGCCUUACUGAAGCUGUCCACACCAGUUCAGUUCACCAACUACAUCAGACCUGUGUGUCUGGCGGCGGACGGCAGCGUCUGGGGUGGCACGACCUGCUGGGUCACCGGGUGGGGAUACAUCCAUCCAGACAUUCCCCUUCCCGCCAAUCAGAUGCUGCGGCAGGCGAGUGUUCCCGUCGUGUCCGACAGUCGGUGCAGCAAGCUCUACGCCAAUGAAUUCACAAGCAACAUGAUCUGUGCUGGUGUCCCUCAGGGAGAUAUUGGCCCCUGCUAUGUGAGUGUGUCUGCAAAACACUCGUCCAGCAACUGAUAACACACACACACACAC